AACAAGAAAACACGAUAUAAUUCGAAAAUUGCUAGUAAGACAAAGAAUAUAGCUCUGACACAAACAAAGAAGCUGCUGUCUUUCUGGCCAGGAAAAGUGGAAUUUCCCCCUAAGUAGGUCACGUGGGUGGUGACGUCGGCGGAAAGGGAAAUCCCAUUCGACGGCCUCUCCUCUCGGUCUCCACCGCUGGAACUUGUUUUUUUGCUUUGUGAGCGACCAUACUCCUCAUGGAGGCUUAGUAGGGAUCGCUGAACGUGCUUUCGUUCAACUGGAGUUUGGGCCUGCGGGACUUGAUGAAAAUCAGGAAACACAGACUGCUGGGUGGGGACGAGUUCCAGGUCCGGUGACACACGUACCGCGGUCCAGUCUCGACUGACAGGCGCAGUUGGUUCUCGUACCGCCCACUAGUGGAGUCACAGACGUGCUUCUUCGAUUACUCAGACCUCUUCCAGAGACACAUGGCUACUCGUCAUCGGUCACUACCACCGUUGCAGCGCGAGAAGCGGCCAGUAGGUCGCAAGGCGACGGCUGCCGUACCGGAGUGGUUGGAUGUUAUUCACUUUGGCCAGGUAACGCCAGCGCGGGAUGACUUCAAGUCCAUGGCCACAGAAGAUAAGUCGGCUGUGCCGUCUUGCUACGAGUCGUGCGACUCGACGAGCCUCUCCGGUUCGGACAAUACUUCGGAGGGUGAAAAAUACGGGCCCCUGAAAGACAGCUAUCCCGGACGAUACUCUUUCCGUUCGAACGAAGACGGUGGGGACAACUGCCGUAUCACGAGGCUCUGCAUCACUCGUCACGGCUCCUUUGGAUCAACUGGGUUCGAGCCAGUUGCUGCAGACACCAAUUCCGACGACCUGCCUGAGAUAUUCGAUGCAUCUCACUCCAGGAGCUCGUCGUCGUCCGAAAAUCAGAAUGGAACUCCCAUCGGCAGAGCAGCUUUGUACGCUUCGUUGCCAAAAGACUUUCUCAGGGUGCCCAGGAGUAGAAAGGGACGCUUUCUCCUCUCCCAUUCCAAGACGGACGACAGAAAGCCAUCGGAUGUCGCAGAAGUUCGUCGUGUACCAUCUGAUUCUGCUGACUCUGGAAUAUACACGACCUUCGGAAGCGAAGUGCGCAGUUAUGGAAUCCAAGAGCAUAGCGCAGCGAAUAACCAGGAGCAGAAACAGCAGCAAAUUCAAGAUGGCAACGUACCCUGCACUGUCAAAAGCACCUGCAAAAGUGAGGAGGAAGUCACAGUCCCAAGUAACCCAAAGUCAUGCAGCACAGCACCCCACCUAGAGGCAGAACAGCGACGCCGUCAGCGACACACAGAACUGGCUUCUAUGCUUAUAUUCGUACCUGUUGUUAUUGCUUGGGUGCUCAUCGUGCCAAUGGUCCUGUUCGCUUACUCCAUUGAGAACCCAUACAGUCAGCAGUUCCAGGUUGCACUUUGGAUAGCGAUUCCAGCAUCAACAAGCAUUCUAGUGCUGUCGUGCCUUGUGAGCAAUGUCUACUGGUACUACGACGAAGAACAGAAGCGCUGGCGAUGUCUCCUUCACUUUGGAAAUGGGCCUCGAGGCUUUUACUGGGGCAAUGCUCUGACACACAGUGAUAAGACUGGCAACGUGCAGACUGUGUAGUAACAUCAUCAGUGAUGUGUAAAUGUGAGAAGGACAAUAACGCAGAUAGCCAUAUGGAGUUGUAUUAGAUCGGAGCCCUGUAAUGGGGUGCUCCUGAUGUGAUUCCAUCUGCGUAAUGACGGAUCGAAGGACUGCAUAGCGACUUAGCGACCAUGACACAUUGUGAUCCGGAGUUUUCUGGUUGGAUCACACAUUUUGUUUGCUCUCUGCAGGAGCUCACUGUUGUGUCAUUAGUCAUUCAGUUGUAUUUAUAAGACUGUAUGUAUUGCAUUUCUGUAUUUAGCCCCAUUUCACUUUUGGAUAGUUUGUAAUAUUGUAUGCGGGUUUUGAUGCUAAUGAUGUCCAUUACUAAAAACUGAAUGGAAAGUCUUUCAUAUGAGAAAGGACAGAGCAAAUAUCGCAAGAGAUACUCGUAAGCAAAGAUGUUCAAACUACACCUUUGUAUGUUAGUUCCAUCCUUCUUUGCGACACAGUAUUUAUGUAAAAGUGUGUGCAUUGUGUAACAUAUUACUCAAGACUCACCACAGCAGUUUUGCUAGAAACAAAUGCCUGGAGCUCAAUUUGGACUAGGGUUAGUGGCAAUGUUUCGUAAGCAAUACAGUAAGCCUGAAUUUUGUAGUGCCAUUAACUUUUAGCCAUCUUUUGCGUCGUCCUUGCAGUAAAUUUGACGUGGCCCGAUUUCGUUGUUUUCAUAUUGACAACACAUUGCGCACCUCAAUGGCCUGGAGAGAUUGUAGUUUUGCAGGGUUUACUUGUCUGUGUGUUGUUGUGUGUACAAAUAAAUGAACAUCUUUCAAUAUAACGUGUUCCUCUCGAAUUUUUGGAAUAAUGACUCUGAACCUGCUCCUAGAAAUGUACAUUUCUCACAUACUGAAAUGUGCAGUUCCAACGU